UCGGGCUUAACAAAACAUGUCCUGUGUUAGUGUUGCGCUGAAAAUUGUUGUCGCGUGGUAAAUAUUUUGAUUAUACUUUCGACGCUACGAUAUUUUGUUCGUCUGCUGAUGUAAACGAAUAUAUUGCUGUAAAGGAAAAAUAAAAGUUUUUUUUUUGUGUGAGCGAUAUUUCAUGGUGUCAAAGUGGCUUUUUUGAUUACAAUCAAUUAUUUAUGUUGUUCAAUGAAAAGUGAUGUGUUAGGCAAAUAGCGGCCGACCGACCGAACAACAACACAGAAAAAAACACGUAUAAACGAAGGAUAAUCGUUAGGAGAGCAUUAAUUUGUUUCUAUACAUUUGGAGGGAAACUUUUAUCAGUUAAACAGAGAAACAAAAAAGAUUUUUCAUUAUUUUCCGAACUGGAAUAACAAAUCAUCGUCCAUUCAAGUCAAAAUUGUUUAGAAAUUUAUUUUGUGACAAACACUCGGUUCAAUAUAAAAAAAAGUUUUUUUCCUCGAACGUCGAUUGGUACGGAUUAAUCAUGAAUUUCAUAUUGGUUACCAGUUUUGUGUUUCUGCUGAUUGAAGCUUCGGAGACAACACACCGAUUUCAAGAGAAUUAUAUUGAAGAAGACAAAUAUACACCUGGAUUCCUAACACUUGGCCAAAAAUAUAGCAUAGCAAUUGGGUCAACGGUUGUAUUGCCCUGCAAAAUUAAUGAAACAGACCGAACCAACCAUUACGUAUUAGCAUGGAAAAGGGAUAUUGCUGUUUUAACCGCAGGAAAUGUUAAAGUUACAAUGAAUCCGAGAAUACGUUUAAUGCCACCACAAGGCAUUGCAGAAAUAAAUGAACCACGUUCCAGUAGUUACAAUUUAGAAAUUCAAAAUGUACGCACUAAUGAUGCCGGUUCGUAUGCUUGUCAAAUUGGUACAAUUGUUCCCAAGGAAAUUGUGCACAGUUUGGAAGUAUUAGUGCCGCCGAAAAUCGACUACGUUGGCCCAUCGACAAGAGUGGAUGUAUCGAAAGGUGCUUCAAUCAAACUGGAAUGUAGGGCUACUGGCAAUCCACCGCCGAAAAUUGUGUGGUCAAGGAAGAACAAUGUGAUGCCAAAUGGUGAAGCAAAUAUAACAAAUAGCGUACUAGAAAUGAUGCAUGCAGACCGUCACACCGUUGGCCAUUAUAAAUGCACAGCAGACAAUCGUGUCGGUCAACCAGACAUCCGAGAUAUUUUCGUAAAUGUAUUAUGUGAGUAA